AUGCCGGAAAUCGACAUGCACGACGGCCACUCCGACUUCGAAUCAACAUCUCCUACAGACUCUGCACCCUCGGCGAGUUACUACCACACCCCAACUCUACCACACUCAUCUGCCGGCAUCGCGAAACGAAGGAAGAACUCAAAAGUCAAGAUGAGCCCUACACUCAAACGCGCCGCGUCGACUCCACAAUUGAACGGGCUCUCUGUACAAGAGUCAGGGGGUCUAUCACCCAGUGCCCUCGACAAGAGAAGGAACAAAUUGGGCUAUCAGCGCAUAUCUAUCGCUUGCUCUCAUUGCAGACGCAGGAAGAUCAGAUGCGUACUUGCGGAGGCUGAUGACAUGGGUCGCUGCAACAACUGCAUCCGCUUGAAGAAGGAGUGCGUGUUCUACCCUGUAGAUUCUGCAGGGGGCCCAGAAAGUCGUGCGCAGACAAAGGGAUCCAAAGACUCCUCAGUAAUCUCUAACUCGCCGCCAGAAAUGCAUCCUCCAGGUUCGAAGCUCGAGCAUGACCAUGAAAUGAGCCGGUUCCCCCAUCUUGCAUCCAACGCGCCUCCAGAGUACGGAUCGGUUGAUCCCAGUACGGGGUUAGGCAUCUCCACAGGCACACCUGUCGCGUCCGAGUUCGCAUUUGCUCGUCCUGGUUAUCCUGCUAUCUACACAAACGAUAUGUCAGGUACUGAGCCUCCCACCCCUGUGCACUGGAAUUCGUCGCAGAUGGGUGAUUAUUCAAACUACUCCACCACGGCCGAACACUCUCCGAACGUAUACCCGUCGUUCUCAUUUCCGCCGCAAAGGGACGAGUACAGUCUCCAGCAGCCUCCCAUGCGUUCCAUGUCAUACGGACAUAUUGAACCUCAGUUACAAGGCUUUGCGCCGGCUGCAAAUCCGAUCGAAUACACAAGACCAGGCUCAUCACACUACAAUCUCACACCUCUCGACACAGGAGCACCGCCAGUUGGUACUAUCUCAGAGGCCGCCCUGUCAACCCCCGUCACCAGUGAGCCUACCAUGACUCCAGUCGGCAUGUAUCCCCCACAAUGGGGAUUCUAUCAGCAGCAGCAACAACCACCAAUGGGUAUGGACUAUUCAUCUAGACAUGAUUCUCUCCCUACGCAGUGGUACCAUCCCCAACACUUGGGGCCAGCCAUGACGGAGCAUGAUUUGCAUCAUCAGCAUCAGCAUCCCAUGACCCAAGCUCCUGGAGGCGCAUAUGCCAAAAGACCUUAG